GCUGGGAGGAAUUCGAAUGUCCUCCCUGUCAGCUUGGUACAACAACCAGUAUUCGACGUGGAAUCGCACACGUCGGCUACAAGCACCUCAGUUUCUCGCACGCACGGAUACCCGCACCUCCCGAACAGCUACUGCAAUGGCCCGGACGGGGACUAGAGAUGCUGUCGUCAUCAACAUGGGCGCUUCUGACAGGGAAUCGAAACAAGACACCCUCUUCGGGCCUAACAUCGGCGUCGUUAACACCACCAUCCCUUGGGCACAAUCUGUCACAAAGCGGACCUCCGAGGAUAGCUUAUCUCCUGAGGUCAUCAAAUCAUGGAUUGCCAAGAGCAAACAGCCUUCGCAACCCACCACUACACUACAGGCGCUCGUCAACUUGAAGCGGCCUACCCUUCGUCUAGUUCCCCUGGCAAUCUCCCCGGAUGACGACGAUUUGGGUCAUGCUGAUUCUCGUCAUCAUCACGGCCUCGAGUUUGAAUAUGACUGCGAUGCACCAAAGUGCCAAAUUAAAGUCAACGUAAUCCUCCCCGCCGAUCACCCACUUGCCGAAAACGUCGAUACUCGGGGCUUUUCCUCUAUCCCUGUGUACGAAAAUGUCGUUGACGGCGGUUUUGGGAACAUUUUGAAAUUGAACGAAGGUGCUACUCUUGAGCUGGGUCGUUUCGAGCAGACCUCUCGAAAUAAUCAGCCUUCGACCUCCGCCCAACCUGCGGCAUCAGAUAGUCCUCGUCCAGCUGAAACGACGGAAUCAAGUUCCAGCGACAGUGAUCGUGCCGAUAAGCCCAAGAAACGCUUUUCGGCUUUCCAAUUCCAUAAGCGUGCUAUGAACAGGCGAGCUUCGGGUCCCGCACUAGCAGUCGUAGACGCCGAUCACACACAAACCUCCGAGAACGAGAACGGGAGAGAAAGGCACGCAAAUGAGGACAUGAAGGACGGAGUGCGAGUCACAAUCCGACUCUCUGCUUUGGAUGCGGACGGGAUCGAUACUGCUGUCGCCAACGAGCAGGUGACCUAUCUUCAUGUCGUUCGUUUGGGCGCUCCACCGCCAGAUGGAGAAGACGACACUCGCCCGUGGGUCGUGAGAGUGGUCAAGCGGGAAGCCAUCAUCGCCCACUAUGUUUUCCAGCUUCACGAGAUCUAUGGAUUAUCAUCUAGGUCCACAGUGUCCCAUGCGCGAGCUUCCUCGCCGACCUCGGGUACUCAUACUUACCCUCCCACUUCAGCCACCACAGCCACCGCUCACGAAGAGCUCUCAUCCGAAUGUCUUCUCUGCCUCUCAGCCGCGCGUGAGGUCAUCCUCCUUCCAUGCCGCCACCUUGUUGCGUGCAAGGAAUGUGCCAUCAACAUGGUCGAGUUCGGUGCGGGCGGGACCAUCGUGCACAACGACGACGCUACCAACAACAACAGCCCGACCACUAAUAACUCGGAUGGUGGGGGGUCUCCUGCCACCUCGGCUGUGGCGACGAACUCUGUUCCUGCUAGCGCUCCGAGCGCAGUCCCCCAAAAUCCACGUCGAAAACGUAAAGCGAAGGGAUGGUUCUGUCCCGUCUGUCGCCAGCCAUAUACGUCCCUUCUCCGCAUAUCUACAAUGCCGCCUACCAAGGACAUUUCCGAUGACGACAAUCACACAAUGGAUCAUGAAGAUGGCGACGGCAGCGAUCUCGAACCCGAAGGUGAACACGGACGCGCUCCUACUAAUAGCAACCCACUUUCUUCUUCUGAGAACGCAGCACCUCUUUCUACAGGAGGCAGUGGGGUAUUGAACACCCUGCGUUCUAAUUUGCGUAGGAACGUGUGUAAUGACGAGACUCUUCCGCCUGACGUCGAGCGCGGUAUUGUGGCAGCGUAACUCGUGAGUCCCCAAUGUUGACAUUAUACGCCUGUGCGGAACGAUAUGUACGUGUGUUCGUGUGCUGUAACUGUGGAUUAACUUGUAUGCUCCACUACCUUUUCCCUAUCCUCCUGUAUGCCCUGUUAUCUGCGCCAGUCUUACUCGGUACUACCCCUCCUUCCUGUAGGUAAUCACGACUUUUUAUUCCAGUUUCUUUGUAUCGGUCUAUGUAAUUGCAAAGAGCUUCGAGUACCCUUGG